GUGAAACACGUGUUGUCGGAAGUUCAAGUUUCCAGUCGGGUUUGUUGUUUUCUUCUUCUCUGGGGGGGGGGACAGCUGCGACAUGUGACUCCACGAUGGCUUCACUGAGGGCACGUGGGCUGUUGCUAAGAGCCGCCAGCCUCCACCGGAGCCCCGUCCACAGAUGGUUCUCCACCAGGGUCAGUCCUCCGGGGCGCAGGAACCUCCUCCUCAUGGGUCCCCCCGGGGCAGGGAAGACCUCGGUGGGGAGGACCGUGGCCCGCACGCUGGGACUCCCUGUCAUCGACGUGGAUGACGACGUCUUGGAGACCACGUGGAAGAUGCCCGUGGCUGCAAAGCUGGCGUCGGUGGGGGGGCAGCGGUUCCUCGAGGAGGAAGGUCAGGCCCUGUGCAGCCUCUCCGCCUCCGGGUGUGUGGUGUCCCUCUCGGGCUCGAACCCACUCCAUGCUGAGGCAAUGCAGCACGUGAGGCGGGGCGGUGUGGUCGUCUACCUGGACGUGGACCUCGAGGACAUCAUGCGGAGACUCACCAGGAUGAAGGUGGACAGGAUAGUGGGUCAGGAGGCGGGGGCGUCCAUGAGGGACAUUCUGCUCUACAGGAAGCAGUUCUAUGAGAAGUGGUUGGACGUGCGUGUGCUGUGCGGGACAGGAGACACGGUGGAGGACGUGGCCGAGAAGGUGCUGAAGGCUGUGGAGAGAUAUGAAGGUCACGCUGCAGAGACCUACGUGUCCACCAGGGGUGACAGCGAGGGGUCGACCCACUUCAGUGAUGUGGUUGUGGAGGGUCUGGCCACAGAUGGAGGUCUCUACGUCCCCAAAGGUGGAAUGCCAAAGCUCGAUGCUGGAGAGUGGCUGAGACUGGUGGACAUGUCCUACCCAGAGAGAGCGCUGGUUUUACUUGAAAAGUGCAUCCACCCAUUGGACGUCAGCGCUUUGGACCUCAGGACGAUGGUGUUCGAGGCCUAUGGGUCGAACUUCUCCAGUGAGGCGGUUGCACCCGUCAAACAUCUCCACCACAACCAGUACGUCCAGGAGCUUUUCCACGGCCCCACGGCCUCAUUCAAAGACCUCGCCUUGCAACUGAUGCCCCAGCUCUUCGCCUACUGCCUCCCUCCCAUGUGCAACUACCUCAUCCUGGUGGCCACGUCUGGAGACACCGGGAGCGCGGUGCUCAGCGGUUUCAGAAGCCUGGCCGGGGUCGACCGACAAAAGACCGGCGUGCUGGUGUUUUUCCCGGAGGAAGGAGUCAGUGAGAUCCAGAAGCUGCAGAUGAUGAGCUACAGGGAGGGCAACGCCAGGGCCGUCAGCGUCCUGUCCGACUUUGACUUCUGUCAGAGGAGCAUCAAGAGGAUGUUUGGAGAGAGCGGGCUGACGGGGCACCUCGCCGUGGAGUACGGGACCGUCCUCAGCACCGCCAACUCCAUCAACUGGGCCCGGCUGCUGCCACAGCUGGUGUACCAUUCCUCAGCCUAUCUGGAUCUGUGCAGGGACGGUGUUAUCACGUUCGGGGAGCCCGUUGAUGUUUGCAUCCCGACCGGCAACUUUGGCAACGCCAUGUCAGCUCUGUACGCCAAGUGCAUGGGCGUCCCGAUAAGGAAAGUCAUCUGUGCGUCCAACCACAACCGCAUCGUCACGGACUUUAUCACCACGGGCCAGUAUGACCUCCGGGGACGGCCACUGAUGCUCUCCCACUCCCCGGCUAUAGAUAUCCUGAAAUCCUCCAACCUGGAGAGGUUUAUCUACCACGUCUCAGACGGAGACAGUCGUCUCGUCAAGGACCUGUUCACACGCUUGGACAGGCAGCAGCACUUUCAGGUUCCUGAGCCUCUUCUUGGCAGGAUACAGCAGGAGGUGCUGGCUGGCUGGUGCUCUGAAGACGACUGCCUGGCCGCCAUCCAGAGGGUUCACACACAAACGGGCUACGUCCUGGACACACACACCGCCGUGGCUAAAGUCGUGGCAGAUAGGCUGCAGGACGGUUCGUGCCCCGUGGUGCUUUGUUCCACCGCGCACUACGGGAAAUUUGCCCCCGCUGUGUUCAAAGCUUUACGAAUCCCAAAUAUUCCAGAGGAUCCCGUCGAGCAGCUGAAGAAGCUCGGGUCGACUGCGUCCAGACCUGAAAUGCACAGAGAGAUGAUGAAAUGCCUGAAGGAACGCAGCAGGGGGGGGCACGCUGUUUGUCAGGCGGAGUACGGUGUGCUGGUGGAGGAGGUGGAGAACAUGAUACACGACUCCUUCCUCAAAGUUAUGUAGGUUUAUUUGACCUCCUCCAAGGAAAUCACGUUUUCACCCCUGUUUGCUGGUUGGUUGGUUUGUUUGUCGGCAGGAUUACGAUGAAAUUACUGAACAGAAUUACCCGAAACGUCGGGAAAGAUCUCGUAAAAUAAAUAAAACAAUUCGGUAUGUUUAGGGGACUGAUAUCUAUGAGUGUGUGUAAUUUGGUGCAGCUUGAUUGAAUGUUGGGCCUUAACUUAGCGGAGGUAUGAACUCCAGUCUUCUAGUCUUUUCAAUUUACAACUUUAAUUAAUAUUAAUUAAAUCAGAAUGAAUACGAUUCUAAAUUCUUUAUUGUCAUCAUGUGCAUGUGUCAGCCGUUCAAUGGCACAGACAUUGAACACAAAAGAUAAAAGUCAGACAUAAGAAUAAAAUCAAGCUUACUAAUAAAAUAAAAAAUAUAUACAUUUCAUAUAUAAAUGUAUAAUAAAACAGAAAGAAUAAAUAAAUACAAGGUAUGAUGAUAAUUUGUUUUUACAAACAUCAUCAAAAGGCCACCUUCUGCUCGAGCCUGCAGCAUCUUUUCAUUCUACUGUCAGAUCUCUAAUGUGUUUUCGGGCUGAAUUGAAAGCCUAUUGAUUACACAACAUCUCUAAACAUCAUUAUCUAGGAUCCUGGCCCACUAGAGGGGGGUGUCUGCUUAGCCACUGCAGGGUGGGAACACUGGUGCCUGCUGCAGGAUCCAUAUACCUAAAUAUUACUUAAAGGGGAAUUCCUGGCUAAGUCAGAGACCAUUAGACACAUUUUAAAUCAAAAUCUACUGAGAUAAUCAUUUUCUUUAAGUUAAAUCUUAAGGAUUGAUCGUGUCGUUGUGUAGUUUAAUUGUAUCUAACUCCUGUGUCGCAUAUUUUACAGUUAUAGGUACUGAUUGGAAAAAUACAUAAAACCAUAUCAUGUUUUUAUUUAUCAAAAUGUGCCAAUUUUUUUGUUUUAUUAAAAAUGAAAAACUGAAAGUAAACCAUAGCAAACUGUUAAAAAACCCACUUAUAAAAUGUGAAUUUUAAAAGACAUUUAUUUAAUAAACCUCUUAGUGUAGAGGGGGUGAAAACCCUUUGGUAUGACUCUUUCAAAAUAAGACUUAAUUCCUGUCUCUUUUUAUUCUCUGGAUAAUUACAGAAUAAAAUCGGUAGUUUGACAUUUCAGGAAAAACACUUGAGUUUCUCACUGUGAGUGAGACGAGAGAAUUGAUUCCACCACAAGUCUUUAUGUUCAACAUGUAGCUCGACAGAAACCUGCUGUCCGGCCAGAAAUAUCCACCCAGUGUAAAUGUCAGUGUGAAUGACAGUGUUAGGAUUUUGUCUUUUCAUCGAUUCCUCUGAUUCUUGUCAUUUUAAUGUCACUGUAUUCUGGACUGAAGCUGAAUGUGAUUUAAAUGCAUGUUGGUGGGGAACACUCUGCAGAGGAAGUGGCUGAUAUUUCAGCCUGUGUUUCCUCCUGACCUUAUCAACCAGGAAGGGCACCGUGACCCCAGAAACACCCGAGACUGGAAACUGAUAGAUUUCAGACGACACACACGAGGAACCAUGCGUCUGCUGUUACAUCUGCAAGGACAUGAACCUUCAUAUUGUCACAGAAACAGAUUCUAUAUUUUGUCAUUGCUUUAUACUACAAAUAUAUAUUUUACUGAUUUGAA